AUGUACGUGGGUUAUCUUUUGGAUAAGGACAGCAAUAUGUACCCCAACCCUGUCAGGCACCCUGGUCUGAAUCUCAGCCCCCAAAAUUAUGUUCCUGCACCUCCUCAGUAUUCGGAUUUCGCCAGCUAUCAUCACGUCCCUGGGAUUAACAGUGAUCCACAUCAUGGACAGCCUGGUGGCACCUGGAGCUCCCCAUAUGCUUCUAGCAGAGAUGACUGGCAUGCUUAUGGACCAGGACCAACAGCAUCUUCUGCCAACCCUGGACAGCUUGGAUUCAGCCCACCUGAUUUCAAUCCUGUUCAACCACCAGGCUCUGGACUUUUACCGCCAUCUAUGAGCAGCAGUGCUCCUCCUUUGUCCCCUAAUGCACAAAGGCGCAAUCCUUAUGAAUGGAUGAGGCGCAGUGGAGUUCCACAAAGUAACCCCAGUAAUGGUAAGACAAGAACAAAAGACAAAUACCGUGUUGUAUACACAGAUCAUCAGCGUCUUGAAUUGGAGAAAGAAUUUCACUACAGUCGCUACAUUACAAUACGCAGAAAGGCAGAGUUGGCAGCCACACUGUCACUAACAGAGCGACAGGUAAAAAUCUGGUUCCAAAAUCGAAGGGCAAAAGAAAGAAAAGUAAACAAGAAGAAGAUGCAGCAGCAGAGUCAACAGGCCACCACCACCACACCUACUCCCCCUAUUGUUGGCACCACUGCAGGAAUGGGAGGCAUUUGCAGUAGCAGUAGUAGCAACAGUAACAUGGUAUCACCAACAGCACUGACUAUCAAAGAAGAAUAUCUCUCAUGAAGUAUUCAGACCUUCAGGCACCAGGACUACAGAAAAUGCCCAACUCUAUGUGUGACCCAUACAAAUGAGUUUCUAAGGAAAUACAUAAAUGGACCGCACACAUUUUGGGGCCAGAAACUAUGCCUUUUAUAAAGAACUAGUCACAUAAAUUCCUCCACAAUAAGCAGAAGUGUCCUGUGCCUGCUACUGGACUAUAUCUGACAUAUAUUUGUGUUGCUGUAUAUUUAAAGAAGAAGGGAUUGUGUAAUCUAAGGCUGGAAU